AUCCAUCUAGGUGAUCACCAAGAUUCCCGAACAUCGCCGUACAGUGGCCACUGGUGAGCUGCAGUACCAAACCAACCACAUCCCACUGUUCCCGUUGAUGGACGGCAUUGUUGGCUGCCAGAUAGUACUGUACCGGUUGAUAGGGGUGCCGAAAGUAGCGCAUCAGUAUGCUGGAUAUCACUUCCGGCAGCAGCAUCAUCAGUUGGUUCUUGUUGGAACAGUUACCCUCUAGUGGAACUUCGGUCGCGCACAGUACUAACAUCGUUGUCAGCAGUGUCGUUACCAGUAGCAGUGCCAUCGCUUUACAAACUGAAGGUUAGCACCGGACCUUUACAUUUUGCAUAACAAUCUGCUCCAUCAGUGGACGAUAUUUUUACGACAUGGAAUAUUUUCAUUCCAUCAGCAACUCAUUAGCCAUUGUCCGCUAUUGUUCAACCGAAUUACACAAUCGUAAGGAUCCCUCUUCCCGUGUAAUGAGCUACUGCAUCCAUGCUGUUCGCGCUCUUAUAAAGGCUGCGGUAAGCUGCAAUGGUGCUGCAUAUUGUUCGGCAAUGGUGUCCCGAUACGCACACUUUAUUGUCGCUCUAGUAGUUGGAACGCUUGCACCGUGCUGGUGUUUCUACGGACUUCCUUUACCGCUCGUAUCCACGCACACCAAUAUGGCCGACAUUGUGGGUAUUAUUCUUCACACCCACUUUCGGACUCCGUUUGCCACUACAUUCCUAACCGUACGAAGUGCAACCCAGGAGGGACAGUGGCGGUUGCAGGAUCUUCUGGAACGGUUACUGGUGCAGCACGGACGAGGCCAGCUAGUGGUGCAGCUAGAAGGUAUCGAAACACGUGACCAUCGGCAACCACCCUGGUCGCGUAUCGUGCUGCUGGCGGAGAGUUAUGAUGCGCUGCGCACCAUCUUCCCGGAGCUGACGUUGGAUCGGUUCGACUUUUCCGGUUGCUAUCUGAUCGUGCUGGAGGAUGCACUGGUAACGCUCGGCACCGUCAAUCAUAUCUUUCACGAACUAUGGAUGCGGCAAAUCGUAAACGUGGUAGUUGCACUGCGACCCAGCGAAGACCAAACCGGACCGGUUCAACUCUGGACGUACUAUCCUUAUUCGCCCGGACUGUGUCGCAUUCCGAAGCCGUACCUACUGUUCACCUGGCCGAACGAUACCAUCCUGUACGGUGUGGACUUCUAUCCGCCGAAAAACAUCCAGUUCCACGGAUGCCCAUUGCGUGUCGGUAGCUUCGAAACGCGCCCAUUUACGGUCCUUUCGGUGGGUCUUGGGACCGGUUUCAGAUCCGAUGGUCCUGCCCUGUCCGGGUUCGAGGGUGAUCUGUUGCGUAGCCUGGCCGCGCGGUUAAACUUUGGUGUGAAUGUGCGUGUACCACCGCGCGCCCAACAGUGGGGUGAAGCAGCGUUCGAGAACAGUACCGGUAUUAUGCGCAUGAUCUACACCGAGGAGGUAGAUUUUGGAAUUUCCUGUCUCGGGGUGUCGUACGAGCGAAGCGCCAUGCUGAAGGCGGGAAAGAUACACUUUACCACCGAGCUGGUGGUCGUGGUACCGUCCGGUAGACCUUAUACCGCGUUCGAAAAAUUGUUUCAACCCUUCCAAUUCACUAUCUGGCUGGCAGUCGGGAUCUGUGGCGGUAUCGGUUUCGCUGUAAUCGUUGCGCUCCGGUUACUGCCCAACGAUGGUACACGUGCCAUCGUGCGACGCUACAUUACCGGCGAGCGACAACUCCAUUCACCAAUCCUGAACCUUGUGCGUGUACUGCUAGCUGCCCCGCUACCGUUUACACCGUACGGUACCUUUCCUCGCACACUCCUAUCCCAGUGGAUGCUUGUUUCGCUGCUGCUGAAUGUACUUUACCAGGGAUCACUCUUCCAGUAUCUGCAGCGUGCCUCAAUGCAUUCGCCAAUGAGGACGCUAGCCGAGAUCGAUCGUUCCGGCGCACUGUACCACAUCAGCAAGUCGGCGCGCCGGUAUUUUGAACAGUUUCCUCACAGGCUACCCCGACUACGGUACUUUCCCAACGUACCGGACAGCAUUGCCGCCCAUUUGCGGUGGAUGGGUACGCAUCCGGACGAUCCAAAUGUUGCCAUGUGUACGCGGGAUCACGUUGCCUACUAUAAUGCGCAGCACGGCCGGAGCAAGGGCGGACAGUUGCUGGUUGCGCGCGAAACGAUGGGCCUGUAUACGGUUACCAUACUCUACCCGAAACGAUCGAUGCUUACCGAUAGCUUCGACGAACACGUCGAGCGAAUCGAUUCGUCCGGUUUGCUCAAAUACUGGUCCGGCCGUUAUGGUGAUUAUCAAUUUGUCGGCUCCAGUCGACCCAUCCGUCGAACCGAACCGACACCGAUCAAUCUAGAGCAACUGGCUGGUGCACUACAACUGCUGCUCGGUAUGCAACUUGCCUCAACCUUACUAUUCUUCGCCGAGCUUGGUUGGGCAAGGCACACGCGCAAAAGGACGACUACCAAACCAUUUAAAUAUUUGCUGUUCCUGUCGGUGCUGCUUCUACCGGUGUUUCAAUGUCCACCGGGGAUAUUGUCGCAAGCAUCAACGAACAAGCUGCUAGUACGUGCUACAGCCGAAACUAUUCAGCAGCACUAUACAACGAUCACCAGCAAGCAGCUGUACCUGCGCUGGGAGAACACAUCGGAAUUGAUCGAUGAGAUACUGAAACGUAUCGCCACUCAGCUGACGGUACUACUUGAAUCAAACCCGCAACAUUCCGCAGACGAGCCACCGAAUCUCGAACCUCAUCAACAGUUGCGUGUACUGAACCUGUUGGUAGUUGCCGAUUACCAAGGCUUCAGACGGGUUGUGGAUGGAUUUAGCGAUGAGCUGUACGAUUUUUCAGGCUUCUACACGGUGGUAGUAGCUUCACCAAACGAGCAAAGUCUCGAAAUUGCCGGUGCCAUUCUUCGCACGCUUUGGUCCUUAUAUAUCAUUAAUGCAAUUGUGUUGAUAGAACCCACGGAUCAGGCCGCCAUCAACGGGGUACGGCUCUACACGUACUUCCCGUACGGUGAGGGCUACUGUGAACGUUCCCUGCCCGUCGUAUGGAACGUUUACGAACCAGAAGCCGGAUUUAUCCAUCGCGAUCGUACGCUAUUUCCACGCAAGUUGCGCAACUUCUACAACUGCCCACUGGUGGUAGCGACAUUCCCAGUGUAUCCCUUCAUUAUCCCGACCCCAGGUAGUGGUGCUGAUGGGGAAGAUACCAGCAAAGAACUAGUGGGAAUUGAAGGGUUGAUGUUGCGUACCCUAAUGCAACGUUUGAACUUUCGACUGCAAGUUAUCAUCGUUGAUCCGCCCGAAUGGGGAACAGCAGGUCCACGAAAUGAAUCAACAGGAGCUGCAGCUUAUAUUCGACAUCUUCGUGCGAACCUAACCAUCGGGUACUGGGCGACUACUUUGCACCGUAACCGGUAUAUGGCGAAUAGCUUCAGCUAUUACACCUCCCAGCUGGUGCUAGCCGUUGCACCCGGCGAACCAUAUAGUUGGCUAGAGCUACUCUUUUGCCCUUUCGCUAGCCCUAUCUGGUUGUUGCUGUUUGUCUCACUAACAAUCGGACUGAUGGUGAUCGGUUUCCUGCGCCGAUGGGGAUCGACAGCGCUUCAACGUCUAGUGCUCGGACGCACACCCGCCAGUGCCUGGACGGGUAUGUUGAAUGUCCUGCUAGGGGCUGGCCUCGCUCGUGCACCCACACGCAAUUUUGCCCGCACGCUGCUCUUCUGGUGGCUUGCUGGCACAUUGGUACUGCGUAGCGCCUAUACCGGUUCAAUGUUUCGGUUUCUACAGGCGGGCCGCAAUCAUACGGUGCCGGAGAAUGUACCGGAACUGAUAGCAGCAGGAUAUAAGCUGUAUAUGUAUCGUAACUACAGCUUCGUAUUUGACGCGUACCCAACGGUUAAAGAACGCAUGCGGCUAGUGACAGUGGCACAGUUUCGUGGAACAAUCGUGCAACAGUUGCAAAUUUCAGGCGCACCGCUGAGCGUACUGAUGCCGCUCGAAACCGUCACCUUUAUCAAUCGGGAUAUUACCCGCGAAGGGCAGUUGCUGCGUAUCAGUCGGAAACGUGUGUACGUGUCCAAGUUGGCCAUCUACACGCAGCGAUCAUCACCACUGCUCGGUCCACUCAAUAAGUUGCUGGAGAUGUUCGUCUCUUCCGGAUUGCUUACACGCUGGGCCGGCGAGUAUCAUCAGUUACAGUUUCUAGCUGACCCGUACCGCCAGUACCGUGGCCGACAGCAGCUUAUGCUCACUGAUAUAGAUGGUUACAUCUGCCCGAUGAGAGUGCACCACAACAUCAGGCUAGUGUUGUUGCUGUUGGUGAUGUUGCCAUGGUCAAACAGGUUUGGUGCGACCGAUGGUCAGCAACAAUCCAUCGAUUGGUGGGUUUCGUGCAUCGGUGAGAUAGUGCACCAAAAUGCAGUUGCGAUUAAGCAUGAGCUGAACGUGUAUACGCUCAGUAAAAGUGUGGCAGGAUAUCGGUUUCAGAGCGAUCUUUUAGAUCGAUUGCUUCCAUCGUUGAUGGCGUACAGCAACAGCAACAAUGCCACUGGUGAAGCUUCGUCAUUCACCUUCAAUCUGGCACCGUAUGAGCAAACGGUUGAUUACAAUCAGCGCAAUCUGGUCCUCAUCCUAAUGGACGAUCUACGACAGCUUCACCGCCAUUUACCGCUAGUAGUAGCGAAGAAUGUGGAACAGCGUGGUUACUUUCUGCUGCUCAUUAUACCACGGAAGGAUGCAGUUCAAGCAACGGGCAGCAUCAGCAGUGCGCAACAGAUUACAACCUUAUUUCGACGGCUCUGGAAGGUACGCAUACACAAUGUGGUGCUAGCGAUCGGUCAUCUUGCGUCCCGUAUCGAUUUGCACGUGUACGAUCCGUACGGACCGGGCUGCUGUGGUUGUAGCCGCCCGAAGCUGCUAGCCCAGUGCCACGAGGGAAAACUAACGAGCGGCUCAACUGCGCUGUACGAUCGUUUCGAGCGCAAUUUGUACGGCUGCCAGCUAAGAAUAGCGUGCUUUGAGCGGGCGCCUUUUAUGUACUUUGUAAAAGGGAAAGAAGAAUCCUUCGAUACGGCAACACCCACCCAACGGUUGGCCGGCAUCGAAGGGAAUCUGGUGGAUCUGCUCGCAACGCAUCUCAACUUCAGCGUAGCAAUCGUACAACCCACAGACGGUCGCACGUGGGGUCGAAUCUAUCCAAAUGGUACUUCAAAUGGUGCCCUGGGGCUACUGCUGAAGGGUGCCGUGCAUUUUACCGUCGGAGGCUAUUUUCCCUACCCGAAGCUACUGUCCACUACGACCCAGUCCCACAACUACUACAUGACCGAUCUGGUGAUGGCCGUGCCGGAAGCGCUGGCAACAAUCAGCCCGCUCGAGCAGCUACUGAAACCAUUCCAGCUCACGAUCUGGCUGCUGCUGGUGUUAGAACUUUCGAUCGGAUUCGCAACAUUACAUCUCUGCUCCGUUACGCUUAGCUUCUGGCGUGCCUUUAUCGGUGAAUCAUUGCCCGGUUCGGCUAAACCACGCCGUACGCUAGCCCGUUACGUACUGCUACUAUGGAUUAUUCAUUCUACGCUGCUGCGCGAAUGCUACAAAGGAUCGCUGGUAGGCUUUCUAACACAGGCGACACCGCUGAACGACAUACACAGUCUCACGGCACUAAUGCAAGCCGGCUAUCAAUUUGCCAUGACAGAAACCAUCUACCAUAAGGUGUUCGACGAUUCGCAACACCGCUUCGAUGAUGGACGCGUGCAGCUGAUCAAAUCGGCCGACAGUCUGCUGCUGCUCGAGCAGACGAUCCGUACCGGUGAUCGGUUAGCGUUUGCCUACACGCGCGAAGAGAUCAUUAAGUUUAACGAACGUAACCGAUCGGAUUUAAACUAUCGCACCUCGGACGAGACGCUGCUCACGUUCCAUUUUGCGAUGUACUUUAAACGUUCCAGCCCCAUCGCGGAGGCAUUUGAUUGGUACAUCUGGCGCGUUCAAGCAACCGGAUUCAUUGUGCACUGGCGCAAUCAAAAUUUGGAUAUGCGCUACGAACGCCCAACGCUUGCCGUUAACGGGCAGGCAGAGGUACUGCAAGUGCGGCACUUACUCGGCAGCUACCUGUUACUUUUAGCCGGGCUGUUGCUAGCCACGAUCGUGUUUACCCUCGAAUUGCUUUGCAACCGAUUAAAGCGCGCAUCGUCUGCUAAACAACGGUACCCAUACAUUCACGAGCUCACCCAGUACCCUCGCACAAAGGCAACGCGGGCCACCUAA